AUGGAAGGCGCUCAGAUGCAGGACGCUGAUGCCACCGGCCAGGAUCAGCCCAUAGACCAGAAGGACUCCCUUCCUAUCGAAAACCAGUCAGCUUCGAGCUUUCCUCCGUCUGGCACAGAUGAAGCGACCCGUCUCCAGGAACUCCAGGCCGCCGUACGCAACCAGGACGACCUCGAGAGAGACAUCACCAGACAAGCUGACAAACUCCUCAAUGAACAAGCUGACGAGCGGGACAACAAAAGACUCGAAAAGACAACCAUCGAGAAAAAUAAGCGACUAUCCCAACCGAUAGGCACAUCCGCGCGGGUUCGCAUCGAACACGAUCUUAAAAAGCUCGAAGACCGCAACACAGCCCUUGCAAAAGACCUGAAAGAAAUCCAACAGCGGAUUGAUGAGCGACGAGAAGGCCAGGAAGCGGGUGGCCAUCCCGCAGGUACGGGCCGGAUGCCCAACGAGUCGCGGAGGGACUACCUAAUUCGCACGGGGAAAAUCACCCCGUUCUCAAAAAUGGGAUCCGGCCCUAACGAUGGUCCGCUGGCCAGUCUUCAUGAUGCGUUGAUUGAUGCCGAAGAUGAACGCGACGAGAGGGAUGCGCUGGAACAGGUUCAAGAUCGCUCUGCCGUGUCUCAUCGGAACCUGGUGCGCCCCGGGUUUGACUUUGAGACGACGACUGACUCGAGCGCGGUGGAAGAGUCUGACAGGCCGAAGAAGCGGAGAAAAAUAGAAAGGGGUGUUCGUGAACCGCAGUCCGUCCAGGAGUCCGACGAGAUAGAUCACGAGGCCGAGAGCGCGCCUGAGGUGCCUUCGGCUGACGAGUCAGCGAGUUAUGUGGCAUCUGAAGAGGAAGCAACCCCGUCUGAAGGAGAAGAGGAUUUUCUACCCGAGGAGAAACCUUCCCGGCCUGCUGCUGCCAAAACGAAGAAACCAGUCGAGGAAGACGUGGAGGACUUGAGGGGACUAGAUGAUGGAAACGAAAAGUCCUAUCAACAUCGACUUCAGCGUUGGGUUACUCGCCGGAGUGCUGCCCGGAAACGUGCACUUCAUGCGGGGAAGGAAGAAUCGGAGCCUGAUCCCAGUCCAGAGAUAGGCGACGAGGAGUGGUUCAUGCCUCACCCGACGGUCCCGGACGUGGAGUACGACAACGGAUAUCGUCUACCUGGGGACAUCCAUCCGCUCCUGUUUGAUUAUCAGAAAACCGGUGUUCAGUGGCUUUGGGAGCUGCAGCAACAGCAAGUUGGAGGAAUCAUUGGUGAUGAGAUGGGACUGGGGAAGACAAUCCAAGUGAUCGCAUUCCUGGCUGGUCUACACUACAGCAAGAAACUCACCAAACCGGCGAUCGUUGUUUGUCCGGCCACUGUGAUGAAACAGUGGGUGACCGAAUUUCACACCUGGUGGCCUGCUUUCCGUGUAUCCAUCCUCCACACAUCGGGAAGUGGAAUGGUUAAUAUUCGAAACGAAAGCAGAAGAGAAGAAGCGCUAUUAUCACAGACAUGGGACUCACGGGCUAGCUCCAGCGGGCUCAAGGCAGGGAGGAGAGUGGUCAAACGUGUGGUGGAAGAGGGCCAUGUUCUAGUCACCACCUACUCUGGGCUCCUGAGUUACGCAUCUCUGCUAAUUCCGGUGGAAUGGGGUUGUGCCAUCCUGGAUGAGGGCCACAAGAUCCGGAAUCCGAACACUGCCAUCACCAUCCAUGCCAAAGAACUACGCACCCCUCAUCGCAUCAUUCUUUCGGGGACUCCCAUGCAGAACAACUUAACUGAGCUGUGGUCAUUGUUCGAUUUUGUGUUCCCUAUGCGCCUGGGGACGCUGGUGAAUUUUCGCAACCAAUUUGAAUUCCCCAUUCGCCAGGGUGGGUAUGCAAAUGCGUCAAAUUUGCAGGUACAAACGGCUGCGAAGUGUGCCGAAACUUUGAAGGACGCCAUCAGCCCUUAUCUUCUCCAACGAUUCAAGAUCGAUGUGGCGGCCGACCUUCCCAAGAAGAGUGAACAGGUUCUCUUUUGCCGACUAACCAAACUGCAAAGACAGUCGUACAAGGCAUUCCUUGCCUCUCAGGAGAUGCAAUCCAUUCUUCGCGGCCGGAGACAAGCCCUGUACGGCAUUGACAUCCUUCGCAAGAUCUGCAACCAUCCAGAUCUACAGAGUCACAAGUUCUCAGCCCAUAAAGCUGCUUAUGGAGGAGCAGAAAAGUCGGGGAAAAUGCAGGUCGUCCGGUCACUCCUGGAGCUAUGGAGAGACACGGGUCACAAGACUCUCCUCUUCGCACAACAUCGCAUCAUGCUGGACAUUCUUGAAAAGUUCGUCAAUUCGCUCUCUGGUAUCAACUAUCGCCGCAUGGACGGGACAACACCCAUUGCUCAACGACAGUCUAUGGUCGACGAAUUCAAUAAGGACCCAAGUUUGCACCUUUUCCUCCUAACUACCAAAGUAGGCGGGCUGGGCGUAAACCUCACGGGAGCCGACCGGGUUAUCAUCUACGACCCGGACUGGAACCCGUCGACUGACAUGCAGGCGCGAGAGCGGGCUUGGCGACUUGGACAGAAGCGCGAGGUGACCAUCUACCGACUGAUGACCGCCGGAACGAUCGAAGAGAAGAUAUACCAUCGGCAGGUGUUCAAGCAGUUCCUUACAAAUAAGAUUCUGAGAGACCCAAAACAGCGCCAGACAUUCCAGAUGAGCGACCUGCACGACCUCUUCUCCCUGGGUGAUGAUGAGCACGGUCCGACAGAAACAAGUAAAAUCUUCAACAACGCCGACAUCACCUACAAUGAAGAUAACCAAGGCACUACUCGGCAACCUAAAUCCGAGACGAACACAGACGUAUCCGCGAAGGACAAUCGCGAAGGGGAGAAAGACAUUCGCAGGGUGGAAGGCGUCGCUGCGGUUGAGAACUUUGAACAGGAUGAAAAAGAGCCCGGUGAUCAGAAUCAAGAGGCCGCUCCGGCAUCCAAUUCAGAGGCUCGCAUUAUGCAAGGUAUCUUUGCACGCUCCGGAGUCCAUUCGGCACUGGAACACGACCAGAUCGUCAACGGUAAACGAGUCAUUCGCGCCGAUCCAAAAAUCAUCGAAGCGGAAGCCAAGCGCGUCGCUGCGGAGGCUGCAGAAGAACUUCGACGCGCGGGAGAGGCCGCUCGCAAUGUUCCCAUCGGCACUCCCACUUGGACCGGUCAAUUUGGACUUGCUGGACGACCCGAAGAGCCACCUAUUCGCUCUCCCUUCGGCGGGACAAGCAGCUCCGCGAGACGCGCCGGGGCCGGACCCUCGUCCGCCAGCAUUCUAGCCAACCUCUCGGCGCGCAACCCGGUGUCCCGCAGUGCUAGUAAUAGCCCUGCUCCUGGGAGGAGCCCCAGCGGGGUGGACUUUAUCACGAUGAUUCGGGACUUUAUCACUUCUCAUGGCGGAGCGGUCUACACGCAGAUGCUGAUCGACCAUUUCAACCGCUACUGCACUACUCCACAGAGAUCGGCAGAGUUCAAGGAGAUGCUGAAGACGAUUGCGGUAUUGGAGAAGGGCGGUCGAAAUGGACGGGGGAAGUGGUCGUUGAAGCCGGAAUACCGCAUCAGGACUCGUCACCCUGAGUAA